AUACAUUCUCAUUGCAAUUAUUUAACGGAACUUAACUCUAUUUAACAAAGCAACCGCCCGAAUAAAUGGGUACCUCUCAUCUAGUUAAUGCUUUAACUCGAUUAUCACACAUCUUCAAUUGAUGUUAGGCUUGAACUAGAGUCUAUUGUCAAAGGCCAAUGAAAGGACAUGGCUCGACACAAUGAUCUAGCUUCUGUAUAUAAGUCUCAAUUGUCACCGGACAUGAGUACAAGAUGAUAACCAAUUGCAGCAAGCUCGGCCACCGUUGAGAGAAUCGUUCUUCGAUGAAUUCAUGCUAUAAUUCGUACAUCGCUAGAAGAUACCAUUGCCUUGCAAAUACCCUAGGGAUUUAAAUAUAAAAUCUCAAUGCCUCCUACUAAUAGAUUACCAGCGACUUAUAACUUGACGUUGAAAUUUACGGCCUGGAUUAGACUGAAGGGAACGAUUUGUCAAUACCUACCUACAUGCAUCAUGACAUGAGCUUUAGACAUACACUCGUAAGUGGAUGUACCCCCUGGCCGUUAUUGCGGGCAUUGAAAUCGCGCUCGCCAAUGCUCGUAUACGAUUUACACAUCUUCAUCGCGAGAAUUGGCGUUUUGUCGAAAUCCGCUGACAACACCGCCGAAGAAAAGGUCGCCAGAAAUUUGUUCAUGUGCAAAGCUUCUAGUCAGGCAAAUUACGUGGCGUCAGGCCUGGAUAUCAGUGCGAGUGUAAUCCGACAGGUGGAAAAUCCUGCCGAGUACCAUUUUGCAAGGGCCCGGCGUCUUCACAUGUCGACGUCUCGAUACACUGGAGACUGUUACCGGAGCCGGGUCAUCUGUAUACCGGAUCAAUUCCACGCAAACAUCGGACGCGAAAUCACACUCCUCCCCGAGAACUUGUCACGGUUGUUCAAUCGCGGAGGAACAUCGUUCGUGGAUCACAAUCUCCUCUUCAGCAGAUCCGAGCCUCGAUCUCCCUUACUUCCUAUCAGAUGUGGCCUGCGUGCUAUCCCCUUUAAGUCUCCCGGUCUGCGACGAAAUUCCUGCCGUGUUUCACAUAAAAGGUCGAAUAGGAUGAAAAUCUGCGAGACAUUAUUACAGCAAUGGUACCGCAUUUGGGUCUCGCUUUCGGGAACGCUUGUUCAUGACAUGGCAUGACAGCGUCUGCAACGUGCGACAGGUAUGUAUAUAACGACGGGACACGGCACAUUAGAUGAGAGAUACAAGUCUUGCUUUUGGCAAGACGUAGCCGCAGAAGUAGAAGUUAGGCACAAGUUACUGUCCAUGGUCACCGCUGAUUCGAAUGAUUUGGGAAACGAGUUGCAUUCGUAUCUUGUCCUGUAAGCGAUGAGAUCCUAUGGAACUGGUAGCACAUAAGGGUGUGAUGGAUCGAUCCAAGUAUCACGCGAUUGAGUAGCGGUCAAACGAUACCCCGAGGUAUUAAUUGGUAUCUAGAUCUGACUUUGCAAAUUCGGAGAUUCUGUUAUUGGUUUCACAAUCAGGUGAUGGCUGAGUGAUAAAGUAUGUAAAAGGUGGAGGAGUGGAGGAGCGGAGGAGGAAGGGAGGAAGAAGGCGAUGUAGUGGAGGUGUAAGUGGCGUUGAUAGCUUUCUCUCUUGUGGCUCAUUGAUUAUCUUAUCCGAG